AUGUCAGCAGCUAAAUUGUUGUUUGAAUCUGGACUUAGUGUAGUGGUUUUAGAAGCUCGUGACAGAGUUGGGGGACGGACUUUCACCGUUAGGAACCACCAAGUGAAGUAUGUAGAUGUUGGUGGAGCCUAUGUGGGACCUACACAGAAUCGGAUCCUGCGACUGGCUAAAGAACUUGGCAUAGAAACUUACAAAGUGAAUGUACGUGAAGCUACCCUCCUAUAUACAAAGGGAAAAUCCCAUAUAAUGCAUGAUAUCUUUCCUUCCUCGUGGAACCCUUUCAUAUAUCUGGAUUACAACAAUUUCUGGAGAACAGUAGAUAAACUGGGAAAAGAGGUAUAUUGGGAAUAAUGAACAUAUAUGCAA